UGCGGGAGGACUGGCUUGCCUGCGCAUGCUCAGUGAGGGAUUCUUGUGGAUUGGAGAUGCGCAGAGCGCUCAUACAGUAGGAAGUGUAUUACGUAUGCGCAGAUGUAUGUCUGUGGUACUGUCUUGGGGGGAAGGGCGCAUGCGCAAAACGGCCGAUGCGGAUGUUGUGGGACCUGUGCUGACCCUCCCUUGCCUGUUCCAGUCAAGAGGAGUUUUUGUUUCCAUUUCCUUAUGAAUGCUUCAAGUUUGUUUCAUUCCUCAAUCUUACUAACCAACAUAAAUACUUUGUCUUGGAGGCCAUGGCUUUGGAGGCAGCAAAAGUUUUUAUCCCCCCGACUGGCUGUACCUUUAUUGCCGGUAGCAGGAAAGAAGAAUUCUUGUGAUCUUCUUGCACUAAGUGAAACAGACUUAGAAGAACAGUUUGUAAGAGGUGAUGGCCCAGGAGGCCAAGCAACUAAUAAGACAAGCAACUGUGUGGUCCUGAAGCAUAUUCCAUCUGGGAUUGUAGUCAAGUGUCAUCAAACUAGAUCAGUGGAGUUGAACCGACAGAGAGCCAGAGAAAUCCUGCAGCAAAAAGUUGACCUCUUUUACAAAGGUGAAAAUAGUGACAUUUUCAAAGAGAAAAGAGCAGCUGAGAAGAAAAAGCAAGAAAAGAAAAAAAGAGCAAAGGAGAAUCUAGAAAAGAAAAGGCAUAUUAAAGAAAUGCAAGAAUCAGAUGCCAAAUAAGUGAGAGAGAAAAUACCGAUUUGGCUUGUCAGGGAAAGAGGAGAGAGUUUGUUGCUACCCUUGAAACAUGUGUUAGAAGUUUUCUGGCUUAAUGCUGUUAAGACUUCAUAAUAAACACUAUUAAAUUGUUGAGUUUAGUGACCUGCUAUUAGUGCAAGGCUAAAGUAUUUAGCCCAAUGUUAAUAGCAGUCAUAUAUUUCAUCUACGGUGGGCAUCCUGGUACACUCAGAUUCAAUAUAAUCGUCAGUUCAUUUGUGCCAAGUUUAGGACAGGUGUGAUAAGAAAACAAGAUCCAUAAAACCUUAAUUAAAUGGAUGUUACAGGAAAACGCUAUCCACUUUUGUUAAUGGAGGGAAAAACUCAAAUCAGCUGAGAAUAUUCUUCUCUCACUGUGAGAGGAUUUAGACACAAUCUCUAAUGCUUUCAUGCUUAAGUCACAUAAAGAUGAGGACUUCUCCUGAAACAUAGUUGGCCUUAUCCUAUAGUCCAUACUCAGGCAACAUUUCCAUUUAAAUCAGAAUCCCCUUUAUAACUUACAGUAGACAGAUUGGAUGAGCUAUAAAAAAAACCCUCUCAUUUCUAGUAGGGUUGUCAAUUAAUUGCAGUUAAUACAAGCAAUUAAUACAAAACAAUGAAUGUUUUUUUAAAUGAGUUACUCGCACAGCUUUGUUUUGACCUUCUUACUUACUGUACUACAUUACUUGGUGGACACUGGCACAGUUCUACUGUAUUCUCAUGAUCUGGAGUGAUUAAAUAUCAGAAAAAGUUAAUGGAGCAAAGCACCAAAAGUUUAGGUCUUUUGAAUGGGAAGUUUAUUUUUAAGAAACCUCUGGAUAAAAAGACAGUUAUCUGUAGCUAUUGCAAGACUGAAUUCCAGUACCAUCGAAGUACUUAAAGUCUGCAGUACCACAUACGUGCUAAACAUGCUUUCACCUCCAGUUCUUGUGCUACAGAUAACCCACUGACAGCAAAUGAAUCCUGCCAGCUGCAACAGAGUACACUUAUAGAGUUUCAGGAUUGCUACAAGCCCAUGGAUCAAAGUACAACAGUUUAACCAGUACUAUUGCAAAGUGCAUAGCUAUGGAGUGCAGACCACUCAACAUUGUAAACAGAGGGCUAAGAGACGUUCUUCAAAUAGGAUCUUCUAAUUAGUCGUAUACCUUGCCCUCCCAAGAGACCAUUGCCAAGUAUUUGUGAUGCCUAUAUCAUGAGAAGACUACAAAGUUGGAGCUUCUGAAAAAUGCACUAGCUGUUGCUUUGGGUGGUGAUCACUGGACAUCCUUGAGCAAUCACAGCUGUGUUGGAGUCACAGCACACCUAAUUGAUGCUGCAUGGACACUGCAAUCAUUUGCUUUAACGGUAACACACAUUGAAGAGAGACAUUAUGCUGAAACAUAUGCAGAGUGCUUCUUGGAUGUUGCGAAAGAAUGGAAUAUUCAAGAAAAGGUAACAACAAUUAGUACUGACAGUGCACACAGUAUGAUUGCAGCAGCCAGUCAUUUGCCUUUUGAACACAUGGCAUGCAUCACUCACAGUCUGCAGCGAUCCAUUACAGUAGCACUCGAUGGUGGUUUAGAAAACGUGCUGGCAAAAUGUAGAAAACUUGUGGGCCAUUUCAAGCACAAUCCAGCUAACAGUACAGAGCUAGAAAUACAACAAACUGCAAAUGGACAGAAACAAGAACCUCUUGUACAAGAUAUUUCAACCAGAUGGAACUCCACAUUGGGUAUGGUUCAGUUCAUGCUUAGAAGUAAAGCUGCUAUCACAGCCACAUUAGCUCUUCAAAAGCCCAAUCUAUCAGUGCCACCAGAUAAUAAUUUUGAAAAACUGCAAAAGCUAGAAACACUACUUGAGCCUUGCAAGGUUGUGACUGAACUCCUUGGGGGGAAAUUGUAUGUCUCGUGCUCCGUGGUUUUACCCGCAUUCUGCCAUUUAUUUCGUGUUAUGGCAGUCUCUGACAACCCAGCAUAUGUUGUUCGAUUUUAAGAACACUUUCACUGUAGGUUUGACAAAAUGCAAAGAAGGUACCAAUAUAAGAUUUCUAAAGAUAGCUACAGCAUUCAAUCCAAGGUUUAAGAAUCUGAAGUGCCUUCCAAAACCCAAGAGGGAAGAGGUUUGGAACAUGCUGUCAGAAGUCUUAAUAGAGCAAUACUCUGAUGCAGAAACUACAGAACCCGAACCACCAAAAAACAAAAUCAACCUUUUGUUGGUGCCAUCUGACUCAGAUGAUAAAAAUGAAGGUCUGUCAGUCUGCACUGCUUUGGAUUGUUAUCAGGCAGAACCAGUCAUCAGCAUGGAAGCAUGUCCUCUGGAAUGGUGGUCAAAGCAUAAAGGGGCAUACAAAUGUUUAGCAUAUCUGGCACGUAAAUACCUUGCAACGCUGGCUACAACAGUGCCUUGUGAACGCUUGUUACCACUUUCAGGUGACCUUCUGAUAAGAAGCGGGCAGCAUUAUCUCUCAAAUGUAAACAAACUUGUUUUUCUUAGUAAUUGGCUGAACAAGAAGUAGGACUGAGUGGACUUGUAGGCUCUAAAGUUUUACAUAGUUUUGUUUUUGAGUGCAGGUAUGUAAAAAAAACUCUACAUUUGUAAGUUGCACUUUCACGAUAGAGAUUGUAUUACAGUACUUGUAUGAGGUAAAUUGAAAAUACUGUUUUUUACAGUGCAAAUAUUUGUAAUCAAAAAAUAAAGUGAGCACUGUACACUUUG